AUGGUAUAUGCUUACAAUGAUAUGGCACUUAGAAGGAACCUAUGGAAGGAGAUAAUGGACAUCUACAACCACACUCGAGGUCCAUGGGCUGUGAAGGGUGAUUUCAAUAGUGUCCUGCACAAGGAAGACAGGGUAGGCAGUCCAGUGACAGUGGCUGAAAUAAGAGAUUCCAGGCAAUGCUAUGAUGUAUGCUACUUCCAAGAGCUGAAAUCAGCUGGUGCCUAUUAUACCUGGAACAACAAGCAAAGUGGAGUAGAUAGAGUACUUAGAAAAAUAGACAGAAUAUUGGUAAACAUGGGUUGGUUAUCACAACUGCCAACUUCUAUGGUUAACUAUAUGACUGAGGGCUUGUUUGACCACAGCCCAGCUAUGAUUAAUUGGGAGAAUGAAAACCAGAGGAUCAAUAGGCCAUUCAAGUACUUCAACAUAUGGAGUAUGGAUCCUGAAUUUAAAAAUAAAGUGGGGGAUAGAUGGAUUAUUAAAAUCAGAGGAACCAAAAUGUAUCAACUAGUGGGGAAACUGAAUAGGCUGAAGAGAGUUCUCAAACACCUGAACAUAAAUAAAUUUAGUGACAUCAAAUUGAAAGUAGAACAAGUUAAGGAAGAACUAGAGGAGUGUCAAAAGCAGAUUCAACAAAAUCCCAUCAAUUAUAAUCUCAUUGAUAAGGAGAAGGAAUUGGCAAAUAAGUAUAGUAGAUUAAAGAAAGCGAGUGACCAGUUCUUAAGACAAAAAAGUAAAGUAAAGUGGUUGAAACAAGGGGAUCAGAACAACAGAUACUUUCACAUGUAUAUGAAGGCUUAA